AUGUCGGUCCCUGAAGAAAUCCUGGCGGCACCAAAGAGCGGAAUUGGAGCGCUUUUCUUCGCCCUCUCUCUGGCCAGGCUGGGCGGCCUGAAAAUGGAGGAAACUCUGCAGGACUCCCUGGAGCCCCCGCCCCCGCCGCCCUCCUUCUCUGCCCCGCUGCUGGGGAGAGCUGCCGAGCCGCGCUCGGUGUGCGAAGGCUGCCGAGGCAUUAUCUCGGAGCGGUUCUUGCUGCGCCUGAACGGCCGCCUGUGGCACGAGCGGUGCGUGCGCUGCGCCUCCUGCCGAGAACCCCUGGACAGCAGCUGCUUCUACCGGGAGCAGAAGCUUUACUGCCGCCUGGACUACGAGAAGAUUUUUGCAGUGAAGUGCAACAACUGUUUGGAAGCGAUUACACCCAGUGAGUUUGUUAUGCGAGCUCAGAAAAGUGUGUACCAUGUAGGCUGCUUCUGCUGUUGUGUCUGUGAGAAACAGCUUCAGAAGGGUGAUGAAUUUGUCCUUAAGGAUAGCCAACUGCUGUGCAGGAAUGACUAUGAGAAGGAACGUGAAAGGCUCAGCAUUGGAAGCCCAGCCCCAUCGGAUUCUGGUAAAAGUGAUGAUGAAGCAAGCUUCUGCAAAAUGGAAGAGACUGGGAAAGUAUCUGAGGAGAUCAGGGAUCAUAAACGGCCCAAGCGGCCCCGGACAAUCCUAACCACACAGCAACGCCGAGCAUUUAAAGCAUCAUUUGAAGUAUCUUCUAAGCCAUGUAGGAAGGUAAGAGAAACAUUAGCAGCUGAGACAGGUCUUAGUGUUCGAGUUGUACAGGUCUGGUUCCAGAAUCAAAGAGCUAAGAUGAAGAAAUUAGCAAGGCGACAACAACAGCAACAGCAAGAUCAGCAAAACACACAAAGAUUCACUGCAGCUCAGACAAGCAAUGGCAACAGCACUAAUUUUGAAGGAGUUAUGAAUUCAUACACCACAUUGCAACCAGCCUCACAACAAAUAUUGGUUAUUGAUCAUAGUGUCUAUAACUCAGACUCCUUCCAGCAAGGACUUACUCCCCCACAGAUGCCAGGGGACCACAUGCACCCUUAUGGCUCUGAGCCCAUUUUCUGUGAGAUGGAUAGUGAUGAUACCUCCUUCGGCAACCAGAGCAACUGUUUCUUAGAAACAACAGAACCUGGGCCCUUACAAUCAAGAGUGGGCAACCCCAUUGACAAUCUGUACUCAAUGCAAAGCUCCUACUUUACAUCUUGA